AACUCCGAAGCUAUAAAUACCUAAACUAAAUCGUUUUUCGGGUCUCUUUUGCUUCGCAAAACCCUAAACCCAAAAUCAAGAGGUAAGAGGCGGUGACAAUGGCGAAGUCGAUGAGAUGUAAGAGAGAGAAGAGACUGAGAGCCAUUCGGAGAGAGAUGGUAGAGCCUUACUACGACAAGAAAGACGAAGCUAAGCUCGCUGCCCAGGAAGCUGCCCUCGCUGCCCCUAAGCUGCCUGUACGGCCGCCUCCUAAAUCCGGUUCUGCUAUGGAGGUCACUACAACUGACAGCACUACGGCCUCAACAAGCAACAUGGAUGUGGAUAUGGUCGGUGGCAGUCAAAGAAUGAACUUUUUGAAGCCUGGUGGUGGGAUAGGCAAGAAAUCCAAGAGGGUAUUUAAGGUGGGUAAAAGAAGGCGUCAAGGCAAGGGGGGCAAGGUUAAGAAGCGUCAUAUAUAACUCUAUGAGCAUAUGAAUGCCCAAUUGUAGCCACAAUGGGAUAUGAGUAUCUUUAAGGCUGUCUUUGUAUUCUGGUUUUAUUUUCUAGAUACUUGAGAGUUAUCCUCCCUAAAUUGUAACCGAGAGCCCAUGUCAUAUGUUAACUUUGAGUUUAAGCAGGAUUUAUGGGGUUUUCUGUUGAAACUGCAA